AUGGAUAUGAAGAUCGGGACUUCGUUGAGUGAUGACGAGGACGAUGACAGCACGGUCCGGGUGGUGGAAUGGGCCGUCAUGGAGGCGCCUCCGAAAACGAUCCACUAUUUCAGCAAUCUCCCGUAUGGAUGGAUCCCGCAGAAUGAUCUGGAGGUGGUGCAGCUAUUCAUGCAGACCUGGCGAGACGACUGGGUGGCCUUCUGCCGAGAGGCCCGGGGCUAUCUCGGACGCCUGCGAACCCAUCAAUUGACCUCCCGAGGAAAAGACGACCGCCUGAUUGACUCGAUUGCCGAGAGCAUGCAGCAGUGGACGCAGCUUCAAGCCAGGCUAGCCGAGCAGCUCAGCCAGGCACGGGACUUUGUCAGUCAAUACCAGCGGUUUAGCGAGACGCGCAAGUUCAGCGAGCAGAUGCAGGACACGAUAGAUGGGCUGGACCGGGAGAUAUCGGGGCAGAUUGACAAAUUGGAGCAGACGGUGCGGGAUUUGUUGCAGAUUGAGUUUGCAUGGGUGUCGAUCAACGAAGCGCAUCGAUCGACCAGUUUGGCAACGAGCAUGAAACGGCUGAGCUGGAUUACAUUUAUUUUCCUGCCACUUACUUUUGCAUCGAGUUUAUUCGGCAUGAAUGUGGAUAUCCUCGAAAACAAUCCAUCCUGGCGGUGGUAUCCACUGUUUGGGGGAGUGCUGCUGUUGCUGACGGUGGCUGUGUGGGUGUGGUCCAAGUUUACCAAUGUAGGGUGCUCAAGGUACAAGCCUUUCUAG